UAAGAAAGCUAUCCUCUGAUGCUGGAGGUGCAUUUUAUCAGCUUUAGACAACUGGUAUCUUGUGGUGUCAAUGCUGCAGAAAUCAUGUUUGCCUCACUAAUCACUAUAACAAUCAUCAUGAAAAGGCUAUGCUUUUUAAAAAUUAAUCUACAACGUCAAUAUUACACUAUUCAGGAAAUUAAAUUAAAAAGGUGAAUCAAUCAAAAUUAAUCUAACUAUGUUAUCCAUUCUCCUACUGUACACAAUACACCAUCAUACAUAAUCAUAGCAUUUGCAAUACAACUUCUCCCAAAACAAAACAAAAAAAAAAAUCAUUUAUAAUACACGAGUAGAAUUUAUAAGCAAUGCGCUUUGCUGAGUUUACUCCAUAAUAAGAUUCGGCGGAUCUCCCAAAAACACCAACUCAGCUCAUCGAAUUUGUUUUCUUCAUCUCGACUGCUUAAGCUUUCAUUGCACCCACACAUAAUCAAACACAACAAUUAAGUAAAACAAUCAACACAUUUCAUCAAAUUACAUAAUCAUCACAUCUACGAUCUCAAAAAUAGCAACCAAGAAUCGCAAAAACUUAACUAUUUCACCAACAAACAAAAUAUAUGCAUUCUAUUCAGACAAAUAAGGAUAAAAAUCAUAAUUCAUGGCAGUCAUUUAAAUGAAAAAAAAUUAAAAAAAUCUAUAAAUACCAAAGCAGACAAAAAUGCAGAAGAAGGAGAGGCAGAUAAUAGAAAUGGAAACUAAAAUGAACAAAUGAAAAGAAAAUCAGUUGAAUUUUAAGGGAAAAGCCCGCUGAUCCAUCAUCGGCAAGCUCCGGCGGCAGGCAGUCUUCAUCGCAGUAGAAGCAGAGAAAAGAUGACGACGGGGAUGGGAGGACGGAAGACGGAGCCACCAGCAGCCAACAAGGGAGGGCGGCGUCCGAUCUCCGAUAGCCCCCAAAUUCCCGGCGCCGCCCCCUCAGCGCCCCCACUGCUCAGAUAAGAUCAAGUAGGUUGUGCCCUUGCUGCACUACUACCCUCCAUUAUAUAGAUAGCCUAGAUUUCCCAAUUACACGUCAUCGUCUCUGUGUGGAUUUCCUUAAACACCCCUUUAUAUUCUUCUUAUUACUACACAACCGAAUCAUCCGCGGGGGCGUGUACAUGCCCAGAAAACCCUAACCCUACUCCCCCAACUACAUUUGGCCAAACCUACUCUCUCUCUCUCUCUCCUCUCUCUCAGGUUUCCCGUACACUGGAUAUGCUCCUUCUGUUUUUUUAAAAGCUUGAUUGGAUAGCAAAACAUCAUUUUUCAAUAAGGUUGUCAAUUAUGGCAGAGCCCUCAAAAGUCAUUCAUGUUCGUAAUGUGGGUCAUGAAAUUUCUGAGAAUGACUUGCUGCAGCUGUUCCAGCCAUUUGGAGUCAUCACCAAACUUGUGAUGCUUCGAGCCAAGAAUCAGGCCCUCCUCCAAAUGCAAGAUGUUCCUUCAGCAGUAAAUGCAUUGCAGUUUUACAGUAAUGUCCAACCGAGCAUAAGGGGAAGAAAUGUUUAUGUCCAAUUCUCGUCACACCAGGAGCUAACAAUUAUGGAUCAAAAUUCGCAAGCACGAGGAGACGAGCCUAACCGAAUCCUCUUAGUUACGAUACAUCACAUGCUAUACCCUAUUACUGUGGAAGUGCUGCAUCAAGUUUUUUCUCCCCAUGGAUUUGUAGAGAAGAUCGUCACAUUUCAGAAGUCGGCUGGUUUUCAAGCUCUAAUACAGUAUCAAUCACAUCAAAGUGCAAUCUCAGCAAGGAACUCUCUUCAGGGACGAAAUAUAUAUGAUGGUUGCUGUCAGUUAGACAUCCAGUUCUCAAACCUUGAUGAGUUGCAAGUGAAUUAUAAUAAUGAGCGUUCUAGGGAUUUCACUAACCCUUCCUUGCCUUCGGAACAAAAGGGCAAGUCCUCUCAACCUGGAUAUGGAGAUGCAAGCAUGUAUCCCCAUGCAGUGGGAUUUACACAGUUGGGCAAUGCUGCGGCAAUUGCUGCUGCCUUUGGAGGGGGUCUGCCACCCGGUAUAAGCGGUACAAAUGAUCGGUGCACAGUUCUUGUAUCUAAUCUGAAUCCUGAUAGAAUAGACGAGGAUAAGCUGUUUAAUUUGUUCUCGAUAUAUGGGAACAUUGUUAGAAUCAAACUUCUCCGAAACAAACCUGACCAUGCAUUGGUACAAAUGGGUGAUGGUUUUCAGGCUGAACUGGCAGUUCACUUUUUGAAGGGGGCUAUGUUGUUCGGGAAGCGCUUGGAGGUGAAUUUUUCAAAGCAUCCAAACAUUACAACUGGAGCUGAUACCCAUGAGUACUCCAACUCAAAUCUCAAUCGUUUCAAUCGCAAUGCAGCCAAAAAUUACAGGUAUUGUUGCUCACCAACAAAAAUGAUCCACAUCUCAACUCUCCCCCAGGAUGUAACUGAAGAAGAAAUAGUAAAUCACUUGGAAGAUCAUGGAACAAUUGCUAGUACAAAACUGUUUGAGAUGAACGGAAAGAAGCAGGCUCUUGUCCUUUUUGAAAAUGAGGAGCAGGCUACAGAAGCUCUUGUGUGCAAGCAUGCUACAUCCCUUGGCGGUUCAACCAUUCGAAUUUCCUUCUCUCAGUUGCAAACCAUUUGAGAGACUUUAUUGCAAAUUAGAGAUGGACCCAUAGACUGUGCAGGAGAGAACUCAAAUGGAGUUCACUUUUGAGUACAGCGAACUGGGAGCGGAGCUCAUCGCAUCAUAAAAUUGAGAAUAUUGCACCACCCCUUCCCUUCCCUUCCCUUCCCUCCCCUCUCUUGUUUCCUUUCUUGUUUCUCUUACUGAAUCACAACUUUCUGGGAUUUUAUAAUGGACCGGAGACAAUAAAUUUGUAGUGAUUUUGCA